AUAGAAUAAAAGAUGAAAUAAUUAAAAAUAAUCCAAAUAAAAGCAUAGGAUUUGACAAAUCAAUCAAUAAUGAAGAAAUUGAAUAUUCUCAACAUGUUUAUAACUUAAUUGCUAAAAGCAAACCUCAUUAUGA